AUGUCGUCCGACCCGGUAGGCGCUGCGAUAGCGCUAGCUGGAGUUCCCGACGAGCCGGCCUCGCUGCACUCCCAUGCUCUUCGCCCAUCCAUAGACAGCCCCUCCUCAUACACAUUACGGCCAAAAGCAAGCUCGGAUAGCAUCCCUUUACCGGAGGAGGACGAGGACGAGGACGAUUUUGUCGUGUUCGAGGACCGGAAUACCUUGCCAGCGCCCAAACUGGCCGAUGGCGAGCUGGAUCACUUGGAAGGAGCAGGGAGCGGGGACGCGAAGAGGUCGACACUGGGGUCGAUUGCACGCGCCAGCAUGGAGAGUCUGUCGUUUGGAUAUCGAGACCAUCUGCUGCCGCUCAGUCUGAGUGGAGAUGGCGAUGAGACGCUAGCGGGGGAUUACGGCGACAGGGAGGGGUCUGUUUCCGCGACAGCGAGGGGGUCAGGGUCUGGCUCGAGAGCAGGUGGUUCCUCAAGAUACCGACCCCACACGAGGGGCUACUCGCGCGAUCGACUCGCAGAACGGCGCGUUACGCUCAUUGACGGCAUCGCACUCACCAUCGGCGUGCAGAUUGGCUCCGGCAUCUUCUCGUCGCCCGGUGUGGUAACGCUCAACACAGGAAGCAUCGGCGCGUCCAUCGUCAUCUGGCUUCUAUCGGGCCUGCUGGCAUGGACGGGCGCAUCGUCGUUUGCCGAACUUGGUGCUUCCAUCCCGCUCAACGGCGGAUCCCAGGCGUACCUCAACUACUCGUUCGGUCCGCUCUCUGCGUUCCUGUACACAUGGUCGGCACUGACGGCACUCAAGCCAGGUGCAGGUGCCAUCAUCGCGACCAUCUUUGGCGAGUACGUCGCGCGCAUCCUCUUCCACGCGACAGGCAAAGCAGCGGACCAUCCGCACGAGACCGGCCUCGACGGCAUCCCCGCCUGGUCGAUCAAACUGCUUGCCGUUGCCAUUGCUGCGCUCAUCACCGCCGCGCACGCAUUCUCGAACAAGCUCGGCACCCGCACGCAGAUCGCUACCACAAUUGUCAAGCUGCUCGCGCUCACUGCUGUGCCGAUCCUAGCGAUUGUGCAAGCAGCGCGAGGCAAAACGAGCCCCUCGUCCCAGCAGGCGUUUUCCAGCCUGGGCGAGCUGUUCAAGGGCAGUUCGACGUCGCCGUCUGCGUACGCGCUUGCGCUGUACAGCGGACUGUGGGCGUUUGACGGGUGGGACCAGUCGUGCUUCGUCGCCGGAGAGAUGAAGAGGGUCGAGAAGGAUCUGCCGCGCGUUAUCCACAUCAGUCUGGCGACGGUGAUCCUGAUCUUCCUCUCGGCGGUGGUUUCGUACUUUGUCGUUUUGCCCGCGGAGCUGGUGAAACGCACGAACACGGUCGCGCUCGAUUUCGGGAGCGCCAUCUUUGGCACGGUGGGUGGGAUUGUGUUUGCGUUCCUCGUGGCGUUUUCGUGCUUCGGGGCGCUCAACGGGCAGAUCUACACGACUGCGCGGCUGAUCCUGGCUGCUUCGCGCGAAGGCUACCUACCCGAACGACUGGGCGAACUCAACAGGCGCACGGGCACCCCCGUCGCAGCACUGGUGCUCCAGCUCGUGCUCAUCACGGCGUUCGUCCUGUUCGGCUCCGGCUUCGCCUCGUUGGUCAAUUUUUACGGCGUCUGCAGCUGGACGUUUUACCUGGCGUCGGUGCUGGGACUGCUGGUGUUGCGCAUCAAGGAGCCGAACCUCACUCGGCCGUACAAGACGUGGCUGGCGACGCCGAUUCUGUUUGCCGCCGUGGCGCUGUUCCUGCUGCUCAUGCCCAUCGGAAGCGCACCGCUGGAAGGCCUCGCUGCGCUGCUGUUUAUCGCUGCGGGUGUGCCGGUCUACUACUUGACGCAGAGCAGAGCCGGAUGGGUGAAUAGCAUUCCGGUGCUUGCGUGGGUGAAGGGGUUGUUCGGCAAUGGAGCAGGCGGUGCAGGUGCGGGUGAUGGGAGGGGCCAUCAUGUUCCGCUACCGACCUCGGAUGCUGCAGGGCGUGGGGCGCACGACGACGACGAGGAGCAGAUCGAGAUGCUUCCCAAACCUCUGGACGAGGCCAAGCAGCAGUCCUGA